CCACGAUCUAUUAGGAUAUGGCAACAAUCCGACCCCGAACCGAUCAUGACAUUCCAGCAUGUCUUCAAGUGCUUAAUGUCGUCUAUAAAGAUAGCGGGUAUCCCGUACAAGGAGUUGGCGAUCCGGCACAAUUCUUCAACAAUCAUGAGACUACCUGGGUUGCUGAAGUUGGUGGGACUGUUGUGGGACAUAUCGCCCUCGCAGAAGGUGUCGCAGGGGACGUCGCAGUGGACUUGUGGCGAAAGCAGCAUCCUGAAGAUAUCCAUGUUGCAGUUAUAGGAAGGCUCUUUGUUCACCCUGAUAAUCGCAAGGGCGGCACAGCCAGCAAGCUUAUUAGUACUGCUAUAGAGGAAGCACGGGGGAGAGGACAGCGGCUGCUCUUGUUUGCCUUGAUCAAAGAUCAGGAUGCUAUUCGCUUGUAUCGGAAGCUGGGCUGGCAGUAUUUCGGCAACGCCGUGUAUAAAUGGGGGGAAGGUAAUGAGAUGGAUGCAGAGUGCUUUGAAAGCCCAAUAUCGUGAAGCUCUAGGGUUGGAUUCUAUGGCUUGUUAGCAUCCUGGUUGCUCAAGACUGGUAUUAUAUUGUGUUGUAGGGAGUAAGGAGGUGCUUUCCGGGAUGAACAGAUCAAACUCUCGCUUC